CAGUCCCCAUCCUGCAACACUCCCACCAAGCACGCAGAGCCGUGAGUCACCUAGUGGCCGUCAGCUGCCUAGCGCAUUCAGCACUAAUUCGCUGCCAGCAUCAGGCGUCAUCUGGAGCCCGGAAGUCUGUCAGAGCGCGCCGAGUCUUGGGCUGCUGUAUAACACGUGCACUGCCGCACUGCCUCGACCGGGAGUCGCGGCCUUUGCACCGAGUGGGAAUCUGUCGGCGUCGGUGCCUCAGGACGGGCGCAUUUCAUCCGUCGACUUGCACAAUUCAUCAACAGCGACAUCGACGUGGCUGCACGACAACCAGUGGGCAGCAGGCUUCUUUACUGAUUCCAGCGGUGUCGACAACUCGCAUUCUUUGCCACCCCGUCUGCCGCCCAACCAGGGACCUCCGACCAUAAGACUCACUACUGCGACCGCCGCAUCCCAGCCUCAGGCCGCGUACCUCUCAGCAUCGGCAUCGCCACCUGCAGGCCGCGAUAAUAAUCACAUUCCGGCCUUUCUCUCACAUCCGCAUUCGCAAAUGUCUCCAUACAUGGCGAAUGAGACGAUGGAACCCAUCCAGGCGCCCGUGUCGCCCAUCAGCCCGCGUCAGUCGCCGCACGACACGACGAUGGGCGACCAGCAGCACCAACUGCCUCGAAAACGAUCACAUUCUGUCAUGUCGCAACAGCACGAUGCCGCGAUAGUAGAUGUGUUACAUAGCCGCGCGCCUUCAACUCACUCGCAAACGGGCGCGUCGCCGACUGAAGAAUUCUCCCCACGAGGCUCACGAGCUUUCAAGCGCGGCGAUCCCCCGAUGAAUACAGAAGGUAAAUACAUAUGCAACUUCUCGGACGAUUGUAAUGGCCAAGUAUUUGAGCGAAAAUGCGAAUGGAGUAAGCACAUGGACAAGCACGAUCGACCAUACCGGUGUCCACAUCCAUCAUGUGCCAAACUCCAAGGCUUCACGUACAGUGGCGGGCUGCUACGACAUGAGCGAGAAGUUCACAACAAGCACGGCGGACCCAAGGCCCAGCUAGUAUGUCCGUUCACGGAUUGCAAGCGACAUUCCGGAAAGGGCUUUACGAGGAAGGAGAACCUCAACGAACACCUACGGCGAGUGCACAAUAAUAAGGAUGCGAGCUCUCAGCAAGACGCCAUCUUGGAGCCAAAUGGCAACGAAGUCGUUCCCGGGGCUCUCGAUGGCGAAACCCAAGCGAGUACCAUGACGACUACUGGCGGCGAAGACCUAUCAUCUCUUGAGCCGAGUCUGAAGCGAAAACGUUCUAAUCCGCCUCAAGAUCAGGUGGGAUUAUCCGCGCUGGACGAGAACAACAUGAUGCAGGAAAUGCAUCGAUUACGUCAAGAGAACGCAUGGCAGGCCGACCGCAUUCGACAACUCGAAGCUGCAGCGGCCAUGAACGCCGAAAAGACGCAGCGGCUAGAAGAGACUAUUAGUCUGUGGGCGCAGCAACAAAGUCAAGCACAUGCACAGCACGAGCAGCAGCAACAGCCGGAGCAACCGCUUAUGCAACAUCAUGAGCCAGAUCAGCAACAGUUCGCUCCACAGCACGAGGAGUCGCAGAACAAUGAGCAUCAACAACUCGCCGAGCAGCAGAUUGCUGAGCAUCACCUCACAGAGCAGCAUCUGAGCGAUCAACAGCUAGGGGAGCAACAGCUUGGUCAGCAUGGUACUGUGGAAGGAGACAUGAAAGCGGUAUUCGAAGCUGUGCACGCAGAGGGAAGCUAGGAGCUUGCCGCCGCUCAUGCAGCACCGUCACUUUUUGUCUACGGCACAUUGCAAGGAGAUUAGAUGCUAUUUGAGCUCAUUCCGGUAUCGAGUCUCUAUCUCUAUUGGCGGGUUGGCAAGGCCUCGUCGAGAAUGAGGCGCAGCGUGCGCUCACCCGGCUUGUGAUCGGCGGAGAUUGGAGGAUGUUUGGGGCAAGAAAAGCUGCUGCCUACUUCACCGACACAGCUUGUAUUUUCGUCUUUCGUUAUGUUUUGCGCUUCGCUGCUCACAAUACCCCACAAUCGUAGCGUCAUAGAAUGUGCUAAUACUAAGUUGGUCAAUCCAAGACUUUGGAUCUUACAU